CAUCUGGAGCUCAGCAGAUGGUAGUGGUUUUGCCAUUUUUAUUGUUAAGGUGACGAUGAUGAUGGCGACAGCUUCUAAGCCACAAGGAACAGGUUUACACCUGGAAAAAGAAGACGUUGCUUCGAGACUAGGCGCUGUUCCCUCCACUCGGCCCCACCUGACCACCCUGCACGGAGGAAGAUAAGAUCUGCCAAGCGAGGGCCGGCGUCCUGCACCAGUGCUGGGGCCCUGGCCGGGCCGCACUGAUCCACGCCAGCGGGGUGAGUGCUUCGAGCGCCUGGGACAGCAGCUGCCACCCCUCCUGCCAGCCCAGCUCCUCUGCCCCCUGCUCACCUCCCCUCCCCCCGAAGGAUGAAGCCUCCCCCUCUUCUGACCAUCCUUUGCCUCCUGGUAGCCCUGGCCGGCGGGAACCUGGUCCAGUUUGGGGUAAUGAUUGAGAGGGUGACGGGGAAGCCGGCUCUGCAGUACAAUGAUUACGGCUGCUACUGUGGCGUUGGCGGCUCCCACUGGCCCGUGGACCCAACGGACUGGUGCUGCCAUGCCCAUGACUGUUGCUAUGGGCGUGUGGAGAAGCUGGGCUGUGAACCCAAACUGGAAAGGUAUCUCUUCUCUGCCAGCAGAGACAACAUCUUCUGCGCGGGCAGAACGAUCUGCCAGCGCCAGACCUGCGAGUGUGACCGGAGGGCUGCCCUCUGCUUCCGCCAGAACCUGGACACCUACAACCGCAACUUCGUCCGCUACCCCAACAAGCUGUGCAGUGGCCCCACACCGCCCUGCUAGGGCCUGGCCCCGCCCCCUCCCCGCCCCCCACCUCCCCGCUCCGUAGCCCUGGGCCUGGGCAGCGCUGCCACCAUGGCCCUCUCUCCAGAAAAUUCCUGUCCUGCAAACCCACCCCUCCCUGAGAGCUCCCAGACUGUGGCCUGGACCACUGCUGGCCUCCCGGGCCACAUCUUCCCCCUGCUAGGAAGAGCCGCCGUCCGUGCCCAGGAGCCAAGGGACCCUUUCCGUCCCCAGAAGAUUCUAUAGCUCAGCCCGGAGAUCUCAGUUCCCUCUUCUGAACGAAUGAAUAAUGUCCCAUCCUCCUAAUAGUCAGUCCCUGAUUCUCAGAUUCCAUCAUUAUAGAGUUUAACUAAUUGACAGUUUCUUUCGUUCAUUCACUUUUUUUUCCCUGAGCCUCUACCACGUGCCGCACCAUGCUAAGCACUGGGACACAGCAGGGACAGAGUGGACAUGAGUGGUCCCUGCGUCAGUUCUAAUAUUCUGUCCUUUUAAUUUCCCCUUAUAGUAAGUUUUUGUGAUUCUUUUUUCUAACAUUCUACUAUCUUAUCCAAGACAAUAAUGGCAAUCUCCAGAAGGAAUGUAUCUGGUCAUACAGUACAAUGAGAGAGGCAUAGAAAAACACCAACCUAAAAAUAUUGUGCUCCUGUGUCAUCAGGCUUCAAAUCCUUGCCAUUAGCAGGACGGCUAAGUGUGAAAAGCAGCUCUGUUUGUCAUCUUGGACAGCCUAGAGUGGCCAGGGAAGGUCCACAGGGAGGGAGCCCAGGCCGGGUCAGGGUCCUGAUAACAGGGAGGGGAAGAGGAAAGAUUUCAGCCCCCAGCCAUCGUGGGGCUGACUCUGGAGCCAGGAGGAAUUGAAUGCGCCAAAGGAUUGCCCCCAAGUGGGAUGCAGCCUAUCCUGGAAGCAAUGGACUUCACCAAAUUCUCCUAAAUAUGGACAGGAUUUCUCCACUAUCUACAAUAUGCUGAUAAGAUCUGCCAGGAUUGGGAUGUGCCCAUUCAAUGGGCAAGUGUGUAAAAAGGCAUUACAUGGCGGAGGGCAGCUCACAGCAGCUAUGUAAUAAGUGUUCAUGCCCUUUGUCCUUUUCAUGACUUGUGUGCAACUUUCAGGACUUUGAGGGCAGGAAAGAGCAGGAGGAAAUCAAAGGGAUGAUCAUCAUAAACUUUAAAAGGUGAAGAAGUCCUGUGUCAUUAAAAACAAAGGGGGGGCGGGUAUGUGCACUCUGACGCGUUGAGUGACGCUAAUCCUUGGUAAAGAGUCCAGGGAAGACCAGGUCUUAGAGCAGAAAUGGGAUUUGGGGAAGAGCCGGAGCGCAUCAGUUGGGGAAAGUGGUCGUGGGGCGCCCUCUGGUGUCCAUUUGGUUUAGGCUGCGAGGAGGAAAUCUAAAUUCAGCCUUAACCUGGAUUUCCCAUCAUCCGUGGGGGAUAUAGCUUCUGGGCUAGUGAAACCGGUCCCUCGGCAUUGUCAGUAAUACAUAUGCUGAGAAAUAACCACGAAGCUCUUACAGACGUCUUACAGUGACCGAUGUGGCCACAAAGAGCAACUCAGGAAGAGGGAACUGGCUUGGAGAGGCGGAGGGAGGUUACGCUCUGGGCGUGACGGAUGUAAGGCAGCAAUGAGACAGGCGCCUGCUGACCGGCCAGCUGUGUGGCCCUCCGGAAAGGCGGAAUUUAAGAACUGCACCUGGUGUGGCCAGUGAUCAAUAAAUAUUCGGUGAAUGAAGCAAUGGGUCUAAAUUCCAUGCGUGUGUUUGUGGUACACACACUUCAUUUCCAGCUGCUCGUGGAAAGGACUGAAAAACCCUGAACUGGAGAUCUCUGGUUCUUGGCCAAGGCCUCUCCGCUCAGCCAGUUAGCAACAGACCCAGGCCCAGUCCCAGACCUGGGCUCGGUGAGGCCCGUGGACAACAGCAGCAGCCGCAUCGGGGAGUUUGUUAGAAACACAGAACCUUGGACCUGACCCCAGACCUACUUAGGCAGAAUCUGUAGGCUAACAAGACCCCCAGGGGAUUUGUGUGCACAUUAAAAUCUAAAAAAGCACUGACAUGGGGCCAAAUGGACCAACGACACUUCCCUGGCGGGCUGGUCGUGGCAAGGCUUGGAUAAGUUGGCAUUUGUGAAAGCACGCAAAAUCAUGCCUGGCACGUACUCUGCACUCAUGUUCUACGAAUGAACGAACAGGUGAAUGCAUCAUGGCCGUAACGAUAAGAGUUAACCCUUUGUCAAGUACUCGGCACUUACCAGGCUCUGUUCUGAGUGCUUUUUGAUUAUCAGUUCAUGGAAUGAACAAAAGAAUGAAUGAGGCGCGGGGCUCUAUCGAGGCUACAGGAGGGGCUGUGUUACCUGGAUGUUUCAUAGAUCGCCUCUUCGAUUCUGAUGACCCGAUCUGGAUUGAUUUGCUUUGUACCCACUUAACCCCUAACAUUAACGAAAUGUUUGAUGAAGUAACUUGCUGAGUGAGUGAUGAGAAACCAAAUCACACUGAAUAACUGAGCUAAGAGCCCGACUGUGAUGUCGCGAACCUUCAUCGGCCCCUCGGGCUCCUCGUGCUGUCACAGACGGAGAGCCGAACACUGCGUUAACGCUCGUUCCCUCCUUCAGGAAGCUUGCGUUCGCCGCUGGUCCCUUGCCGGAUGCCGGACCUAGGGACAAGUUACAUGGGCCCACGGACAGACAGACACUGUUGUUCUGCACUAGUGAGUGCUUUCCCAGAGCUAGGACGACUCUCGGGACCCCCAUCCUCCAGCCGGUCACCAGUCUGUUCACCGAUGCCAGCUUCACCCCUCCUCGGCCCCUGAGCCAUCAAUAGCUUCCAUCGUCCACCAAAACCUUGGCAUUCACGUUCGGUAUCAUCUGCUUUUCCAGCCUCGUUGAUCAGCCAUAUAUAUUUCUUAAUCCUUUCCACUGUUCCCAGAACCUGCCCCCGCCCGCUGCCUUUCAGCCUUCACACCUUGUACGAUGUAUUGCUUCCCUCAACCUGGAAGCUUCCAGUUCGCAUGUGAAAAUCCACACACUUCAGGUGCAUCUCAAAUGCCACCUUGUCCCAUGAUGCUUUUCCAGCCGGAGAUUCACCCUCCUCUGAACUCGCGGGCCAUGUUUUUAUACCUUUUCUGGUGCCGCUUACCCUAGUAACUUGGGUGCCCGUUUGGGGUUCCUAUGUGGUGGGGGUAGAUUGCCAAAGAUUCAGAUCCUGCCUCUGCUACCACCCUGUGACCUCGGGCUGGUUACGUAUUCCUCUGUGUGCGGAACGGGGAUAGACACCAGCUUCGCGGGGGCGGGGCGGGGGCAGGCUUGAGGCUUACGGGAGACGACGUAGUCAGGGUGCCUGGAGUGCCACGGUAGCUCCAUCUAGGCCAGGCUGCUCUGUGCGCAUCCAUCUCCCCUCCUGCGUCCAUCACACAGUGCAGGCCAAGUAAGCAUCUGGUUGGUGCUGAGACGGAGAAGCGACACCCUUGUGCACUGUCGGUGGGAACGCAAACUGGUGCAGCCGCGCUGGAAAACAGUGUGGAGGCUCCU